GCGGAACGUCAGUCGAUCUAGCGAUAGCGACGGGUACGGCCGCGUUGACCUGUCUCCAAUAUUAUUUACUAAUAAAUAACCUAAUCAACAGUUCUAUCCAACAAUUCAGACAAUCGGCGAACGUGAUUUUAAUGCAUUAAAGCCAUUCGUGGAACAUUUCGAGUUUAAACACGACAACGCGUCCCAAAAAGUCAAAACCAGCCAUCCAGUCAGUCCGAAAUUUCAAUAAUCGUACUUCAGACAGUGAAUUUUGUGAUGUGAAUUUGCAGAUUUGUGAAACGGAAACAGCUUACGUAGACAUAGCGGUAAACGCCGCACGCAACUUCUUGGUUUACAUUGAGUAACCGACAACAGUCAGGUUUCUUGAGUAACUCGAUUUUUGGAUGUUAACGUCGUAAAGACUUAACCCGUUAGUCAAUUAGUAUGCAAGUGUGAAGCGUCUCUUUGACUCGUGUUAGGUUAGGAGAACUGUUGUGUUGCUGUAACUCAUUGCAUGGCGCGAUGAUUAGCGGAGGCUGGGUGUGCGCACUCCACGUGCGGACAGCAGGACUUGGAGGUGCUGCCCUUGGCUCUGAUGAGGAGGAGAUCGUUUACUUGGCUUAUGUACUCAUUGAUGUCCAGACGAAUCAGAUUAUCGGCGAAAGAGAAUAUGCUGUGAGACCGACCAGACUGCCAACUGAAGAGUUUCAGACGGGACAGCCUUUAGAAAAUAUUAUUUUACAGUUUGACGACUUCGUGCGAUCACUAAAUGUGGACCCACACUCCCCCCUCUUUAGGCUAGUAACCGAUGGACAACCACCACUCAGACAAUGUCUCCACCCAGAGGCGUGCAGCAAAGACCUCACAUUACCCACAUACUACGCCCGUUUCCACGACCUGCGCAAAGAGUACGUACGGGCAUACACACUGCGAGCUGUCACGCCGCGUGCGCAGCCGCCGCCACCGCCACCUGAUCACCCGACCUCACUGCACGAUAUGCUAAAUUAUUUAGGCAUAACACCCUAUGCAGGCGAAAACUUCUACGCGGCGGAAGUGAAAGACAUGGCGGCGAUCAUUCAAAGGAUUAUCACAGAUGGUUUCCGCUUGGAGUUGCCAGAGACGAUUGACUUAGUUUUAGAAACUGGAAUUUGCUCAAAAGACGAUGAAAUAGACGGAAACUGCAUAGCUCGUGCACGCGGUUUGCCCUGGCAAUCCUCUGACCAAGACAUCGCUAAGUUUUUCCGGGGACUCAAUGUUGCCAAGGGUGGUAUAGCUCUUUGCCUCUCACCACAAGGCAGACGUAACGGCGAAGCGUUGGUGCGGUUCAUCUCUCAAGAACACAGGGACAUGGCUUUAAAACGUCAUAAGCACCACAUUGGGCCGCGGUAUAUUGAGGUAUACCGUGCGAGUGGCGAAGAUUUUCUCUCAGUAGCGGGCGGUGCCACGUGCGAAGCCGCUGCGUUCUUGUCUCGCGGCGCACAGGUGAUCGUGCGCAUGCGCGGUCUACCUUAUGAUGCCACACCACAACAAGUUCUGGAGUUCUUCUCAUCGGGCGAUGACCCAGUACAAGUAUUGGAUGGGGAAGAUGGCGUACUAUUUGUUCGUCGAGCGGAUCGACGUGCAACGGGCGACGCAUUUGUGCUGUUCGCGAAUGAAGAGGAUUCGCCGAAAGCGCUCGCGCGACAUCGGAAGUUGAUCGGCGCGAGAUAUAUUGAGCUGUUUAGGUCCACCACCGCGGAGGUUCAGCAGGUUCUCAACCGAUCACUAGAGACCAGGACCAGUCAAAGCAGCACGCCAUCUACAGCCAAUCCUCCCACAGAAGGGCUUCUUCCCGUGGCGUUGGUACCACAGCAUGUCAUCACUUCUGGUACUGCCAAAGACUGCGUACGGUUGAGGGGUCUGCCCUAUGAGGCGCAAGUGGAACACAUUCUCAACUUCCUCGAUGAAUUUGCCAAAAAUAUUGUAGUGCAAGGCGUUCAUAUGGUGUACAACGCACAGGGUCACCCAAGCGGUGAAGCUUUCAUACAAAUGGACAGUGAAACAAGCGCUUAUCUCUGCGCGCAACAAAAACACCACCGUAACAUGACCUUCGGUAAAAAGCACAGAUAUAUCGAGGUGUUCCAGUGUUCCGGCGACGACAUGAAUCUAGUUCUGACAGGCGGCGUCACUCCCGCCACGUCACCCAAAGUGCUCUCACCCGGUCCGCUGACGUACUAUUACCCAGCUAUGGGUCCUACGUUACCACCCCCUCUGGUCUACUGGGGUUAUCCGACACCACCAGUUUCACCAGCCCAUUACUACCAUCAGCCACAUCACCCACAGACUAUGGUAAGGGUAAUAAAUGCCGGAAGUGCUACCAGUCGGGGGCGGAUCCCCGCUACCCAUACCUCCCCCAGCAACUUGCCCCGAAUGGCCUAUAUUCAUGGUCAACUGAUAAUCGUUAAUAACUAUAGAUAAUGCAAAAAUAUAUUCAAGUUUUUUGUCAAUGUCAAAACUGACUUUGACAACUUAUUGUGGCGCUCAACAUUCAAGGCCUUAAAAAAGGUACAAAUAAAAGUAAAAUCACUUGCCAAUAAAUUAUAUUCACGUUAUAUUUUAUCUUCGAAAUAUAUUUUAUAUAAAAUUUAUAUUUUAUCAGAUUGAUAUUACAGAAAUCUUAAAUACCUCUUUAUUUAGGUUCUAUCUUGUUUUCAGCUGCUAUUUAUAUCUAACCUGUGGAUAAAUCUAUUACGGAUCUAUUUUUGUUAACAUUGUAUUGUUUUUAACAUCACAUGAGGUAUUCAUUUUUUCUUCCUAACUCAGUUUAUCACUGUUAUUUAGUAGUUAGAGUUAAUAUGAAUGGAUAUAAUUUAAUAAAAACGAGCAAUAAUAUUAUUUUUAAAUAAAACAUUUAAUAUUGAAAAUCUAUAUUUAUAAGAUAAAUUGUCUAGAUACCCAAAAUUCAUAGUGAAACUGAUAUAAGUGAUAUAUUUAUUACUGAUAUGGUCUCUGCGAAAAGAGUCCCGGUAAAGCGGUUAUACGAACAUAUAUAAUGCUACGCGUCAUUUCAUUUUCAUUCAGAAAUAUAUUAAAUAUACUUUUAAUUAUCAAUUUGUUAAACUAUAAUGACGUAACAAUGAUGUCACCAUAAAUAAGGUAAAAUUGCUUUGACCUCAAACCGUAAGAUGGUUCUCUUUCCGCAAUGAUUUUAUUAAUAAUUUUCUAAAGUUGUCUAAUUUAUCAAUUAACAUGUUGUAUUGCCAAAUUGGAUACUUAUUACUUUAAAUUUAAUAUAUAUGUUAUCGGAAUAUUUAAUUAAAAAAAUUAUCGUCUUAAUAUUAUCUCAAUUUUAGACUUAUCUGAUAAAAUUAUUUUAAUUAAGAUUGUGUAUGCGAUAGAAAAAUUUAAAACUCAAAACUCAUUUAAAGUUCUUGUGAAUGAAAAUUCAAAAUUUAAACAAUUUUUUUUUAUUUAAGAACGGUGCUUCAAUUCUCUUUAAAUACCAAAUAUGUUAUGUCUUUUGAAAGGCGAAGCUCAAUUAGUUCAUAUUAGUUAGUUGCCAUAAGUUUAGUCGUGCAUAACUUUGAAUAAAACCUUUGUGAUUUGCUCAAUAACUUAUUGAUAGCAAUAACUGAAUAGAUAUAUUUAAAAUUUUAUUUCGAAAUGCCAAAUUCUAUGGACUAAAGUUAAGAAAGCAAAAAUGCGUAUAUUAUUGAAAACAUACUAAUGCACGAUAUUAUAAAUUUACACCUUAUUAAUGCAGUUUUCUAACUUUAGUUUGUUUUUAAGAAUUGGUUAGAAUUGCACGAUACCCUUAGCUUACAGGGUCUUGAGGAAAUUUUGACAAUUAGUUUGUAAUUAGUUAUAAGAGAGAAACAACAAAAUCUGAAUGUCUUCCAUACAUUAAGUUGUCACAAUAUAGAUUUUACGAUCACAGUUCAUAGAUAGUAUUUUAUUCUUAAAUCUAUAAUUAUUAAUGAUUGUUUUCCUUCUGUUUUAAGAUUCUUCCUGUGAUUUCUUGUAUUUCCUAUUGUACAACGAUUAUAUUAAGCUACAAAUAUAUUUUUACUGAAUAUAGAAAGCGAUAUUAUAUAUAUUCUUGUGUUAUUACAGAAUCGCAUUUCGAUAAAUCUGUUUAAAAUAAAUUUUAUUUUUAUAAUAAAAAUCUAUAUUUAACAAAAUUUUAUCUUUAGUCUAAGGAUUUUACGGUCAGUUUAUUUUAAGAAUAGAUAAAUAUUUGUUCUAUAUAAAAUCUACUUUAUUUUCGUUACAAAUAUUAAUAUAUGUUUAUAAGUGAUCAAUAUCCAUGACGUUAAAUUUAAAAUACCCAAAAUAAUUAGAUUUAUCUUUUGUUACUUUUUUACUGUUAUCCAGUGAUCGGAAAAUAUUGUUACCUAUAUGUUAUGAUCGUAAUAUAUAAUGUCAAUUAUAAAAAAUGUAAUUAAAACUUUGUUAAGAUUGGUUAACACUAAAAAUAAUGUGGAACAUUUGUUGUUGAGUGACUAUUGGAACAUUGAACAAAAAAUAGUUGAAAUAUGUGUUCUUCAUUACAUAUAAAUAAUGAGAGAUAGCGCGCACUCAAAGCAACUUAAUUGAUUGGCACUCGAUAACUACCUAAAGAAAGAACGAGACUCGAAUCGGACUAUAGCUGUCGAAAAAUGACUUUUUUUAAUAAAGAUGCUUUACUCUAAAGAUG